AAAAAAAAAAGCAUCAAAAUUAUGCCAUUAUAUUAUAGUCCGCAAGCCACUUUAAUUUUUUUUUCCCUUUCUUUUAUUUAUUUAUUUCUUUAUAUAAAUAUAUACAUAUUCCCCCCCCCUCCCCUUUAUUCACAUGCCUGAACCACUCAUCUCACCAGCAGAAAAGAGUUAUAUAGAGCAAGGUGUAGAAGAUGACUGUCGUGCCGAUGGUCGUGCUCGCUUUGAAUACCGUCAUAUUGUUCUUGAAAGUGGUCUAUUGUCACAAGCAUCAGGCAGUGCACGUUGUCGAUUAGGUGAUAGUGAUGUACUUGUAGGUGUUAAAGUGGAAAUUGGUGAGGUAGAUCCUACUCGACCCAACCAAGGACGACUUGUGUGUAAUGUAGAAUGCUCGCCUAGUGCUUCACAACAAUUUGAAGGCCGUGGAGCUGAUGAAAUCAACAAUACAUUGACAUUGGCACUUGAUCGUGUAUUUAGUGGCCCUCAAAGUGGACUUGAUCUUGAAAGUUUAUGUAUUAUUCCAAAUCAACAAUGUUGGAUCAUCUAUAUUGACGCCAUGGUUAUGGAUGCAGCAGGUAACUUACUCGAUUGUAUCGUCAUGACAACUCGUGCAGCUUUACACAACACUCGCAUCCCUAAAACUCAAUUAAUUGAUCUUGAAGAUGGUGAUGUUGAAUUUGAAAUUGUUGAUGACGUUGAAGAAGCAGAACCACUCAAGGGCUGGCAAAACCUACCUGUUACAAUUACUCUCUAUAAGAUUGGUCAGCGAUAUGUAAUUGACCCAACUAGUUUAGAGGAACUUUGUUCACAGGUGACAUUAACAGUAGGCGUCAAUCGAUUAGGUCAAGUGUGUGGUAUCAAGAAAGGGGGUCGUGGUAGUCUAGAACCCAGUCUACUGAAUGAGAUGGUGGGUACAGCUACAACAUUGGCCAAGCCCCUUAUUGAACAAUUGGACACUAAAUUAAUAGAAGAGGAGACUAAAGUGCAGGAAAAGAAGAAGGUAGGACAGCCUGUGGAAACACUUGGUUUCUUUGCUGCUGUCAUUUAAACAAAAACAAAAACAAAAAAAAAAAAUGAAAAUAAAUGAUUAUUUGUUU